UAUAUGUGCGCAGGGAGCCCGCGUCCUUUCCCUGGUGUGAUUCCGUCCUGCGCGGGUGUUCUGUGGAACAGUAGUCGUUUCUCUCCGUCCGCCUUCUCUCCCACCUAAGUGCGUGCCACCACCUCAUGGAAGAUUCGAUGGACAUGGACAUGAGCCCCCUGAGGCCCCAGAACUAUCUUUUCGGUUGUGAACUAAAGGCUGACAAAGAUUAUCACUUUAAAGUGGACAAUGAUGAAAACGAGCACCAGUUAUCUUUAAGAACGGUCAGUUUAGGAGCUGGUGCAAAGGAUGAAUUGCACAUUGUUGAAGCAGAGGCAAUGAAUUAUGAAGGAAGUCCAAUUAAAGUCACACUGGCAACUUUGAAAAUGUCUGUACAGCCAACGGUUUCCCUUGGGGGCUUUGAAAUAACACCACCUGUGGUCUUACGGUUGAAAUGCGGUUCAGGGCCUGUGCAUAUUAGUGGACAGCACUUAGUAGCUGUGGAGGAAGAUGCAGAGUCAGAAGAUGAAGAGGAAGAGGAUGUGAAACUCCUUAGUAUAUCUGGAAAGCGUUCUGCCCCUGGAAGUGGUAGCAAGGUUCCACAGAAAAAAGUAAAACUUGCUGCCGAUGAAGAUGAUGAUGAAGAUGACGAUGAUGACGAUGAUGAUGAAGAUGAUGAUGAUGAUGAUUUUGAUGAUGAGGAAGCUGAAGAAAAGGCUCCAGUAAAGAAAUCUAUACGAGAUACUCCAGCCAAAAAUGCACAAAAAUCUAACCAGAAUGGAAAAGACUCAAAACCAUCAACACCAAGAUCAAAAGGUCAAGAAUCUUUCAAAAAACAGGAAAAGACUCCCAAAACACCGAAAGGACCUAGUUCUGUAGAAGACAUUAAAGCAAAAAUGCAAGCAAGUAUAGAAAAAGGUGGUUCUCUUCCCAAAGUGGAAGCCAAGUUCAUCAAUUAUGUGAAGAAUUGCUUCCGGAUGACUGACCAAGAGGUAACUGAAUUUUCAGGAGACCUGACCAAAUCCAAAUAUUUUAUUGUGAUUUAUUUAUGAUUAUUUUCUUUAAGUGUUGGCUUCUUUUAAAAGGUUCCUAACCACAGACUAUUACACUUCAGAUUAAGUACAUGGAAACUCUUAAGAAUUUAGUUGGCAGAGAUUGAGAAGAUAACUUCUUAGUACAUUUUUCUCAGUUUUUAUAUAGUUGGUAAACUAUCUCUUCGUUACUGAGCGCAGUUUUACUCUGUUGGCUAAAGAAAUGUGCUGUGGUUUCUUUGCUCCAUUUGACUAUUUGAGGUAGUCUGGUCUUUUGCUUUAUUGUGUGCUUGGGAAAUACAUUUUGCUGAAAUCGACCUAAUGUGUAAAAUCAGGAAGCAAGAAGUCAAAUUGUAGUUAAUACUCAAUGUAGUAGCUUGAAUCAGCUGUUAAUUUGUGUUAUAUAUUAUUUUGUUAGUAGAAAUUGAUGCAUUUAUUUUUAUUGUCUUAUGGUUGCUGACUCAAAUGUAAGGAAAAUGUAAAAACAGGUAAGGGUGCUAGGUAUCUUGUAUAUACAGAACAUAUGUGUGUUAAGUGGUUUUUGUCAGGAGUCAAUCCCUAAGCCUCCUGUGUCCAACUUUUUUCAGUAAAUGAAAUUUGUCCUUUUGAGGUAAUUUUCUGCAGCAGUAGGUAGCACUUAAAUCAUUUACAUGGCAGCACUAUUUUUCUCCAAUUUGAAAUCCUUUCAAUGUUUCAACACUGUUUACUAAUACUUUAGAAGUUAGCCUUGAUUGAUAUGGCUGUGAGAUGAAAUUCAAGUUUUUACUCUUUUGGUUGCUAUUCUGUUUAUAUGUACUUGAAGCCCAAAAUGCAAGUGAAUUCUGUGAGUUUUCUGAAUACUGGACAUUUGUUAAAAGUCUGUGAAACUGCAGUAUACAAUUGUCCAGUAUUGCAAAUAGUGGAAAGAUGCAUGCACUAACAAGGAAGCCUAAGACGUGGUUUCUCCCGCUAGUACCAAAGAAAGUGGUGAAAUAAAGUGUGUGAUUAAGAAAAAUUCAGAGAAGAUAAAAUAAUAACCAAAGUUGUAAAGGCCUUCCACAAAUGGUAUAGUAUCAGUCUUGGAGCUAAAGUAACUGAAUUCACUGUUACCAGAAGUAUUUUCUGACUCUAAAACUGGAAGCAUACUGGGCAGGUGCCUGGGUGGCUCAGCCUCUGUUUGAGCAUCGGACUCUUGAUUUUUGGCUCAGGUCAUGAUCCAGGGUUGUUGGAUAGAGCCCCAUGUGGACCUGAGUGUGGAGCCUGCCCCGGAUGAUUUCUUUCUUUCUUUCUUUCUUUCUCUGCCCCUCUCCCCUCAUACACAUGUGCUCUCUUCUCUUUCUAAAAUUAAAAUAAAAAACAAAACUGGAAGCAUAUUUUGAAGUGCCAGGAUGAAAUUUCUACAGUAUUAAAAAGUAGUUUCAUUUAUUAUUGUAGAGAUUAUCAAAGCUUAAAUGCUUCACGUUUUUAUGGCGUGCCUACAUAUACAAGUAAUCACAAUGUAUAAAAUAUUGCCAUUGCUUGUAUAGUUUUCCUUGUGAAAAAGUUGCUUAUGAGGAUUUGGCUAGUAAAAUCCCUUCCAGAUGGGACUUGAGAAAUACUAGUAAGUCUUUGUAUAAGCUCUUGAAUUAAGAGCUAAUGAAAACAACUGUAGUUUUUUUGUGGAGAAACCACAGAUCAAAGUUUGGUAAAUGUUUAUUUAAAGGUAUUGUUUACUCAAAACUGAUUCUACAAAAUUCUGAGUGACCAAGAAGAUUUUAUGAGACUCUCAACAUUUGAUACUCAUUUCCCUUGCAUUUGAAACCCAGUGGCUGUUGAAAAACAGUAGUUGAGAGAAUCAAUCCUAUGUAUUUGAAGCACUAAAAAAAAUCAUAUUUUGGGAGAAGAGGCUCUAAAUGUUCUUAGUGACAUUUUUUAAAUAGUACAUCAAAUAAAGGUUACUUUCUUAGUUUUAAAUGACUGUUUAGCAGGAUUAUGUAAAUUCAGAGAUAGUCAAAGAACUCACUGACCUGUAUUUUAUUGUUUUAAAGGAAUUUGUUGAAUCCUGUAAAGAAUUGACAAACAUGAAGACUUUUUUAUCUAUUUACUUUUUAAAAGGUUUUGUUUUGGAGUAAUCUCUGUACCCAAUGUAGGGUUUGAACCCACAACCUUGAGAUCGAGUCACAUGCUACACUGACUGAGCCAGCCAGGCACCCCAGGACUUAAAAGAACAUUAUUUAUGGAUAGGAAACGAAAUGCGAACUUGAAGUGUAUAACAAUUACACUUAAUCAUGACUCAUUUGAAGAAUAAUUCUUCCGCAUGGAUGUUCAUACUAGUAUGAGAACAAGUAUAGAUUUCAUGUAUUGAAGUAAGGCAUAGAAGUGGAGGGAUGCUUUUUUUUUUUUGUCAGUAGACAACAUUUAAAUCCUUAAAUUUAAGGAAUGGAAAAGCAGGUGAUGCCUUAGAAUAGAAGACGGGUGUUUUAAGUGCUUUAACACAUCAGAUAAGAACAAGGGCUGAGUAGUUAAUCUAGUGUAUUUCAAGUACACAUAAUGUUUUCGUAUGUGUUCUACAGGCUUAGAACUAAGUAUAUGUAACUGUGUUAACAGAAAUUUUAUUUAACUGCAUUUUCUGUAUUUUUAUGUGCUAAGUCUGGCAGCCCUGAGCAGAGGACAUAGGCAGCAUUGGCCAAACUGGCCUCUCUGCUCUUUCAUUUCAUUUAUGUAAGCUGUUAAAUGCAUACUAGUACCAUUGAUUUCGUUUACAAAGAUUCACAUGACUUUAUGUCUUUUUUGAAGUAUUUGAAAGUAAAUUAUGUCUGAGUAUAAAUUCCCUUGCAAUCAGUUCUUAAUUAUCUAGAGUUGAACCUUUUUGGUGGUAGGAUGAAAAAUAAUAGGUAUGUUGAACUGUACAAAGAAACAUGGUUUAAUUUAUUGGUGUCUGUGAAGUGUUGUGGUUCUUUUAACCACAUUUCUUUUUUUGUUUUCCAGGCUAUUCAAGAUCUCUGGCAGUGGAGGAAGUCUCUUUAAGAAAAUAGUUUAAACAGUUUGUUAAAAUUUUCCGUCUUAUUUCAUUUCUGUAACAGUUGAUAUCUGGCUGUCCUUUUUAUAAUGCAGAGUGAGAACUUUCCCUACCGUGUCUGAUAAAUGUUGUCCAGGUUCCAUUGCCAAGAAUGUGUUGUCCAAAAUGCCUGUUUAGUUUUUAAAGAUGGAGCUCCACCCUUUGCUUGGUUUUAAGUAUGUAUGGAAUGUUAUGAUAGGACAUAGUAGUAGUGGUGGUCAGACAAAUGGAAAUGGUGGGGAGACAAAAAUAUACAUGUGAAAUAAACUCAGUAUUUUAAUAAAGUA